AUGACAUUAGAGGCAACAAUGAUUGUCAUGGAUAAUAGUGAAUUUGCACGAAAUGGAGAUUAUCUGCCUACUCGACUUGGUUCUCAAAAAGAUGCAAUAAAUCUGAUUUUUUCGUCUAAGUUGAGAGCACAUCCAGAGAAUCUGAUAGGGCUUAUGUCUAUGGGAGGAAAAGGUCCGGAGAUUUUAGUUACAUUAACACAGGAUUAUGGUAAAUUUCUAGCUGCUAUGCAUGAAUCAAAAAUUGGAGGAAAUUCUCAUAUUUGUACUGGCAUUCAGGUGGCACAUCUUGCACUUAAACAUCGACCUGAAAAGCGACAAAGACAGAGAAUCAUUGUUUUUGUUGGAUCACCUGUUCUUGAAGAUGAAAAAACACUAGUCAUGUUGGCAAAAAAGAUGAAAAAAAAUAACGUAGCGGUUGAUUUUAUUAAUUUUGGUGAAAUACAUGAAGAAAACACAUCUAAACUUACAGCAUUCAUUGAAGCCAUUAAUAGCGACGAUAAUUCGCACCUUACAACGAUUUUUCCAGGUCCUUAUUUGUUAUCUGAUCAACUUUUGCAUUCUCCUGUGAUUACAAAUGAUCGAACUUCAGUUCAUGGUGUUUCAAAUAUUCAAGAUGGGAUUUCUGGUGAACACUUUGACUUUGGCGUAGAUCCAAACCUCGAUCCUGAACUUGCACUUGCUCUCCAAAUGUCUCUUCAGGAAGAACAGGCUCGUCAAGAGGUCAUUUUUCCUUAUCUUAUAGUUAUUUCCAUUAAAAUAGUCCAGGCACAAGAAGGAAAAGCACGUGAAAAUAACGAAAAUACUUCUGAUAGCCAUUCUCAAGAUCAGAAACAUGAAAACAUAGAAAAAAUGGACAUUGAGAAAUAA